AUGACUGUAGUCUCGAAUGAUCCCAUUUGGUGGCCAAUCAUCAAUACGAGCAUUAUUGCCAGCUAUUUUGUAGUCGCUGCCUCUGCCGGGAUAAUGUACGAUUGGGCGCUUACGUUUGGACAAGAAGUUGAAUUGAUCUGGAGGCAACGCUGGUCCUUGAUGACCUUUCUCUAUCUCAGUGUGCGCUAUGCUGGAAUAGGAUAUGCUGUGAUGUACACACUGAGCCUUGUCAUAUACGACGUAUAUGAUUGGACGGGUGACGUUGUAGAGGUAGCACUGGGCGUCAUCAUGAUCGCUCGGUUACAUGCCAUGUAUCAGCAAUCCAGACAGGUGCUGAUAUUUCUCAUUGUCACCUUUCUGGCCAUCAGCAUCGCCAAUGCAGUGAUGGGCGCAAUAUUGACGAUGCAGAUCACAGGGGAGGAAUUUGUUCUCUCUGGCACCCAUCAUUGCAUAAUUGGCUACGCGGGAGAUUUCACAUUUUUGGUUCCCAUGACUGGGAUACUUGGCAUUGUAUGGGAGGUCCUUGCACUGUGCCUCGCGAUUUGGAUUGCUGUAAAGCACUUCCGUGAACUGCGACUACACUCAUCAGGUGGUAUUAUCGGAGACUGUUUCGCGGUGUUAAUUAAAACUCACGUGAGUUACUUUGCAAGUUAUUUGAUCAUCUCUUGCUUCCAGAUCGCUUUGUUCUCUCCAACGCUCUCAGCGGACAUGAAUUCCCUGGACACUCAGAUUUAUUCUGGUCUUGGUCAGAUAUUUGAGCUUGUGCAGUUGUUUGUGCUGGGACCACGCCUGAUCCUCGGUGUUCGAGAAUAUCACGCUGAGCUCGUGGCGAACUCUGAUACAGCAACCGCUAUGACUUCGAUUGCUUUUGAGGAGCGCGUCCACGUGUCAACCAGCAGUAGUGUGUAG